UUGUGAGAAUAUGGGAACUUGUGAAAAUAUGGCACGGUGGCGCUGCUGCUCACCGCACCAUGACAAAAUGUGUCAGUGACUCUAUAGAAAAGGCUAUUAUUACAAUAGGCCAUUUAAUCUUUGAAAUCUUGUUUCUUUUGGUAAGUUAGGUUUUUUGGAACCAAUUUGCUAAAAAAAAAAUUGAAUGCAGUUAAUGCACACAUUAUGUAUAAAAACUGUCAGGUUAUGCAAUGCCAAUACAGUGUUAAGUUCAAUAAAUGCCUCAUUCAUCCUUGCCCUUUCUCUUUCUGAAAACUUUCAAAUCUUGCAAAUCAGGAGUAUACCUUGUUCUUACUAUUGCGUAAUCUGGUUGAAUUAUGAAUCGCCCGUAAUUGAUGCGUUUGUUGAUAUCCCCUCGCCAUUAUGGAAGUCACCAGAGUUUCGUUUCACGUGAGGGAGGACACUCCAAGCAACUGUGUAGCAGUUGGUUUCUUUUCAACCGAUUCUUUUUAAAUAUCAGUUUAGUCAUCAUAUCAGUUCCGACCGGUCGUGUACACUCCGACAACUACAGUAAAGUUAAUUACCAGAAAGCUGGUCAUUUGGGCAUCUGAGAAUCACAAUGAAAACUGUGUAAACCCCAAAUGACACAGCCUAUUAGAUUAUGUUCUGAAAUAUAGCCUAUUCCUAUAGCGUGUUUAUUUUCCCACAGUCCACCAUUAUGUAUAUUGAUUGAAAUACGAGUUAUUUAUUACUGUCGUUUCUCACUUGGAGUUCUUAUGUAUUCGUAGGUCCUUAACCAGCCAACGAUUUGCAACUGGCUAUGGUUAGCUUUGCAUGUAACUGGCGUUCAAGCGAAGUUUAAAUUACUGUCGAAGAUAAUUUAUAAACACACGUUCAUUGGUGUAUGUUCCCACCAAUGAACUAAUGGGAAACUUUUUUAUAAGUCAGCAUACAGUAAACUGUAUCACUGUACAUACCCCUCCCACAGGACUAGUUUCACUAUAGGCUCAUUAAAGGUAGCCUACACUGCUCGUUCUGUCAGAAACAUGAGUUACAGCCAACAUCACCAGCUAAUAAUGAAGACGUACCUUGUAUUCCUGUGCUUUUUGUCUGAAGCGCAUUCUGUCAACGUCGUGGCAAACGGAGAUUCCAGUGCUUACUUCAAUGCAGAGGCAUCAUUUACCUGUACUCUAGCGGACCCGACAGGUGUGCUGCAAGUCACCUGGCAGCGUCUGUUUAAAGACGAAUCAGUGGAGAACCUGGCCACAUACAGCAAGCGGUUUGGACCUCAAAUCAUUGAGCCACACAAGAACAAGGUGGUUCUUAGGGAGGCGUCUCUCAACUCAACAUCAAUUACCCUGAAGAAUGUAUCAUGGUCGGACGAAGCCUGCUAUAUUUGCUCCUUCAAUGUUUAUCCAAGUGGAUCAAGACGCAAGCAGACCUGUCUAACAGUUCAAGGUGUAUCUGAAGUGGGAACCACAUUGCAACAAGUAUCCAGCUCUGAAUCUAACAGAGAUGGAGAUGUUGUGGUCAGCUGCUCUGCCACGGGAAGACCAGCACCUAGCAUCCAAUGGGAUUAUUCGACUCCAGGAUCCAUACAGACUCUCAGCAACUGGAAUGUCACUAACAGUGACCAAACGGUUACCGUUGUGAGCAACAUAACCCUCCGACUGUCCCCAGGGUUGGGAGGACACGUGGACUGUCUAGUUAACAACGGGACAAGGACCCAGACACGACAGCAGGUCCUGCUUCCUCUUCACCUUGGGAAGAAUAAGGAUGAACCAGAUGACACAUCUCCACUGGGGGUUGCCAUUCCAGUUUUGCUCAUCAUUUCCUUUUUCGGAGUCUUCGUCUAUUUCAUGCAUAAGAAGAAAAAAGUUUUCAGGGAAGCCGUGUUGGCCACUCCAGCUGAAGAACAGCACCCCUUUGGCUGCAACGUGUAAAUGUGUCUGUGCUUGAUUACAGUGUUUGUAUUUGAUGUAGCUGACAGAAAUUUAAGUAAGCAUUGUUGUGAAGAUGGGAAGCUUCUUCAAAAGAAAAUCCAGUCAUAAAUAAGCUAGUAAAGGGAGAAUUUAACCUUCUUUCAACUUGAUGUUAGUUGGCGUCUGAAAAUAGCAGAAACAGAAAUCCACGGUUCAGGUCUUUAUUAAUGGGCUGGAUUUAAACCCCUACUGCAACAUAAUGUUUGCAUAUUCAAUCAUGGAUUCCCCUGUUGUCUUGGCCUACUGUACAUACCUCUAUCUGGGAGAGACUCAGGAGCUACAGUAUAGUGAAAGGACAUACAUGUAUUAUAUGUAAGGAAAGCCUUAAGGACUACUUUUUACAUUUAUCAUAUUGUAUACUGUACAGUACAUGAAAGACCACUGGGGGAUACCACUGAAUUGUCUGUCCCAAUUCAUUUAUACUUCUAUUUAUUUCACUUCAAUCCAUUUCAGUAUGAAACAAUAUGUUGCACUUUACUUUAUGUAAGAUUUAUUGUUAUAAAUCUGUGAAAGGAGAAAACAUGAAAAAAAAAAUCCCAUGUCAUUUGAACGCAUUCAUAAGCCUUUUUAGAUUAGACUGUAAAGAUGUUUGCACUUUAAUUGUUCUGUUUGCACUAUUCACUAAAUUUACAUUGUUUGAGAUCCUACUGUUAUAUUUAUUGUACAUGUUUGCUUGUAAUUUUCUGUUUACACUUGGUUUUUCAAAUGUUAUUGAUUUUGUCAUUGUUUAAUAUUCUAAACCAUUAUUUAAACCCAGACUUUAUAUAUAUCAUGAUUUUCCCUGUUUGAAAAUAAAACUAGUCAUUUCACAAAGCGCA